UUGUGUAGAAAUACUGGUCUCAAAUGGUUGAUCAACCAGAGAAAGGAUAUUGGGCAAUUUUGGUUUGUGUACGCACUAAUGGAUUAAACAUCCUGAAAUGAUCAGUCAACCAAUGAUUUAAAGUAAACAGUCACUAGAUAUUCAACUCUAGUCUCCAGAAUGAACCAUUAAGUUAAAGGGAUUGCAGAUCAGUUCCUAGGUUAACGCUGGUCGUACCUGGUCUGUUAUCCAAAACAUGAGUCCUUAGAAGUAGGCCAGAAAAAAACCUCAAAAACCGUGCAGUGUAGAAGGUGAAAAAUUAGAUUGAUCAGGUAUUGAUCUGAUUGGGACACCAGGACAUGUAUUCUGCUGUUGACUUUUGGGAAUGAAAUCUGUCCUUUUUUUUCUGUGCUUGACAGGAAACAAGGACUGUUUUGGAAUUUAUGUACAACACAUUUGAUAUUAUUAUAUCAUUGAGGAAGCACGGGGACACUGUAACUAAGAUUAUCUGUAGUAUUGCUGAAUGUACUUGUGUGAAGAGGAUAUACACUCUGUUUGUUACUUGAUGUGCAAUCAGCAAAAAUGGAACAGAAUGAUAUUAUUCUGCAAGGAAAAUUUUUCAUUCCAAUAAAACCUGGAAAAGUAUAUCUUGUGGAAUUAACCAGUGAAAAGCUGAGAUUUCAAGAUGUGAAUUUAAAAACCGGUGAUUGGGAAGGUGUGGUAGAUUUGAGAGACGUGAUUGGUUGCCGUAUAAACAGUGAGGUGAAUACCCGGGACAGUAGGGAGGGAUGUAACUGUGUUCAUUCCAAUAUUGUCUCGGACACCACAGAAUGUAUUCUUUCUGUUUAUUCUUGUCCAAAGAGGAAAAAGAAAUUUCGCAACUCUUACUAUCGACAACAUCUGACUUUAACACUGUCCUUAUCGCAAUAUACAGAUUACACUUCCAACAAAGUUAUCUGUGAAAAAUGGAGAAAAACCAUUCUUAGCUUUUCCAACAAUAACAACAAUGAUUUAGGUUUAAAAACAGAUGUACAGAUAUGCGAAGCACCCCUUCAGAGAAAACUCCUGGUGUUGAUCAACCCCUUUAGUGGCCCCGGGAAAGCUCGCCAGAUCUUUGAGAAUGGAGUGUCCCAUAUGCUAGAGGAGGCAGACGUUGCCUUCAAAAUGGUCAUCACAGAGCGUGCUGGACAUGCUACUGAGAUCAUGAAGAACCUGGACCUGUCAGCCUGGUAUGGCGUGGUCAUUGUUUCAGGAGAUGGACUUAUAUAUGAGGUUAUCAAUGGUUUAAUGAAGAGAAAUGACUGGGGGACCGCCAUUAACUUUCCUAUAGGUUGUAUUCCUGGUGGAUCUGGGAAUGCUCUCUGCCUGAAUAUAAACUAUUUAGCGGGAGAACCUAUAGAUUUGAACCCUAUCCUGCACUCCACCUUCGUUUUGAUAAAGCACCGUGUGAUUCCAAUGGACCUCGUAUUGGUGCAGACUGCUAGGCAGCAGCUGUACUCCUUCCUGUCCGUGACCUGGGGCCUGAUAGCAGACAUCGACUACGAGAGUGAACGAAUGAGAAUUCUUGGAGCAUCUAGAUUCACGCUCUAUUUCAUUAAGCGUGUUGUCAGUCUUCGAAAAUACAGAGCUAAAAUUUCCUUUCUCCCUGUGACCACGUAUGAUCCCCAUGCUAAAAGUCAGAGAGAGAGAGCAAAGGACUUUUCUCGACCUCGACGAUUUACAAUUAAGAACUCAACUACACAAAGCAAUAUCAGUUCUUCGGUUUACGAAGGAGGGGUACAAGGUGUGUACCGCGAUACAGUUUCAGCUCAUUCCCUACAACGACUUAGGUCCAAAUCUAUGCCUGCUGUAAAGAGCAUCAGCAAAAGUCUAGACAGCCAAACAAAUGGAGACAUAUCAGCAUUUGAAGAGCAUGACAAUGUUAUGUUUGAAUUGGAUGACACAAAUGAAUGUUUUACUUCUAAUAUUCCAAAUGGUAAUCACGUGAAAGAGGACAACAUAAGCAUUGGAAGUGACAAUACUUUUGAAGAAAUGGUGCAUACUUUGAACAAUGAUGGCUCACCUCUUCAGGCGCCUCUACUAGCCCCUCUGGAUGAGGAGGUUCCCUCUAACUGGGUCACUAUUGAGGAUGAAUUUAUCACAGCUUGUGCUCUGUAUCAGCCAUACUUAGGACCGGACAAUCUGGCCUCGCCUGAAUCCAAACUUAAUGAUGGACAGAUUCAUCUUCUGAUGAUCAAGGCUGGAAUUCCCAAAUCUGCUCUUGUCAAUCUUUUCCUGACUUUUGAAACAGGAGACCACGUGAAUUCUCCAUAUGUGGAAAUGGUGAAAGUUCUGGCAUUCCGUCUGGAGCCACUUGGAACCGAAGGCAAUAUAAUGGUGGAUGGUGAACAUGUGGACUAUGGUCCAGUUCAGGGCCAGGUGCUCCCUGGGAUAGCAAGAAUAAUGGGGGUCCAAUAAGUCACUUUUUGUGAUAGGUCAUUUUAAUUAAUUAAGAGUUAUGCAGUACCGCAUUCUGUCAUAGCUCAAGCACCAAGUCAUCCGUGAUAGUUUAGUCUGGUUUAGAAAUAUGAACUCUUCUUGACCUUUGCAAGUUUAGAUAGAGACUUUGCUUUGAAUUCUGGGAUAGCAAUGGUUGUGUAGCUGUAGUAAAUGUGAUGUGUGUAAAAUUAUUGUAUUGUUUUGUGAGGGAGAAUGUGGAAAAAUUGCUUUCACUUCAUUUUAUUGUGAUAUUCAAUGUGUUCAUAUUGCUUAUUUAUUUUAUAGUUUUAUUAAAUUAAUGGAUAAAAGAUCCUAUUUGUGAAUGUGAAUUGUAAAUAUGUGGGCAAAAAGGAAACUUUUUGUGAAAGUCUUUUUGCCAGUUUUCCUUUCUGUGGUCAAAAUUCUAAGAAAUUUAUUUGUCAGAGUUGGUUUAUGGUGCAAAUAAUUUACAAAUAUUUCAGGACUUGUUGUAUAGUUAUAUAAAACAUACAUUGACAAAACAGGGAAUUAUACACCACUUUUUGAAUUUUAGUGACUUUUAAAAUCUAUUUUGAUAAUGGAGGUCGUGCAUGUGUAUUUAUAUCAAUACAUAAAUGCAUGGACCGAAUCAUUGUAGUUUUGAAUUUAGGGACCAUUAUAGUCUUAAAAUGUUUGUUAGAAAUCAAGUACAUAAAAAUUGUUUAGUGUUGGGAGCAUAAUCAAAGGAGCGUGGAUGUCAGUUUAACACUCUUAACCAAUUUGAUUGAUUAUUGAGUGUGAAAGGUAUUCGCCAUGUGUAGAUCCAGUGUAUAUAAUUUAUGAUGUGAAAGAAAGUUAAUUUAUGUUGUAUGUGUGCAGAGAAGGAUGAUGUAAGUCAGUUGUUUGAAUAGCAUUGCUUUUUCCAAACUCUUGUAUAAAAUUAUUGUAUAAGGAAGAAAUAUACGUUUCCAUGACAUUGCUGUGAUACAUUUGUACAUCAGGUUUUAUGUACAUCAGUACAGACAUGUUCCAUCAUCUAUCCAUUAUUCAGAUAAGCAAGCAGUAUUAUUUAUGUACUUGUUACUGUUCGACAUGAAAUGUGAGAGAAAACAUUUUCUGGAUGUUUGCGAAUUCAUGUACAUUUUCGCAAGCCAAGUGUCCGAUUCGCUUCCUCUCAUCUCCCCCUUAGAUGGAGAUGAGAGUAAGCGAAUUGGACACUUGGCUUGUGAAGAUGGUACGUGGAAGGUUGUCCCAUAUUUACUGCCUUUUGUAUCAAGUGAAAUUUGUAUUGCCAUCAGUGUAUCAUGUAAAACUGGGCAUUAAUUGUAGGAUGCAAUAUAUACAUAACCUAUUAUAUUACUCUUUAAAUGAAAGGACCAAGAUGCAAAUAUAUCAAUGAAUAGAAUGGCCAUGCUAUGCUCUUCUGUGCUACAAGCAUAUAAAAUAUAAUGUUGUUCAAGCUGAGUAAUAAGAUUUUUGAAUUUUACUAAUACAUUUAUGUAAAAUGGAACUUCUUUUUAUUGGAUUACAAAAAUUUUUAUUCUUCAAGAACCAAAGUUUUAUAGGAUAAAGUUGACUGUUUCUCUGUGACACAGACUGUAUAGAAGAUCUGUUUCAAAGUUUUAGAUGUACAAGAUGAUACUUUUAAGAAAUAAAUUUCAUUUCUGAAAAUACACGAGGGUAAGAACAGCAAUUCUUCAUGCCAGAAUACUUAGCGCUUCAUAAAAAGUAUGCCAAUGUAAUUAAAAUUAGAUCCUUUGAUCCACUCACAUGUAGCGAUAUACGUGAGCGGAUCAAAGGAUCUAAUUUUAAUUCGAUUGAAAGUGUGUUGCAGUUCAUACACUCAUGUAUUUUCAAAACUGAAAUUUAUUUUUUUAUAUUUACAUUCCUAUCUGAAUUCUUAGCCAUUAAAAUAGAUGCACUAUUAGUAAGCCUAUCGAGAUUUGUACACACAUUGUGCACAACUGCGUCACAUUCAUAAGGAAAUGGCUAUCAUUACUAUUGGUAAAGAUAUUGAAGGCAAAAACAAUAGAAAUGUACAUAUUAAACAUGAAGACUUUUUUGAUAUGAGAAAUCAGUGUAUCCUCACUGAAUUGAUACCAGGCCAGGAAGGCCACGCUGACUUUGCUUUGAGCAUGUAUAAAAAAAGUUGCUAGGAUGUAAUGGCUUCCUGUCUCCAUUGUUUGCAUAGAUGUUGUAUUUUAAUGAAAUGGGUUUCUUUGUAGCAGAUGUUUAAGUUACUGAUUUGCUUUAACAAAGAUUAGUACUCAUUGAAGAUGUGGUACAUCCUUAUUUGUUUGGUAAAUAAUGAGGUAUACAUCAACAUUCUAAAAUAGAUACAUGAAUUUUUAACAUCUUUUUUCGGUGAAGAUGGAUAUAAUUAAAACACACAUUCCCAGGUGCUGGGCACAAAUGUCAUUGUACUUUCCGUAACUUAUUCUCCUCCUUAAUGUAGUAAGGAUUACUAAGGAGUAUCGUUUUCUUCAAUGUUAACUUUAUUUUAACAAUGUCAAGGUUUUGUGAAUAUGCAACAGCAAAACUUUAACAUUGUGAAGAUGCAUUUGCUUCAGUGGACAAAUCACAGGUAGUUCGUUCCUUGAUUAAAUAAUUGAGAAUCGUUGUUUAUUUUUAAAUGUUGUUUGACUACAACGAAUAUUGUUCUAUCUGUAGCUGAAAUUAUUGGUGCAUAGACUUGUGCGAGUCUGAUUUCAAUCAGUUGCUUUGUGUGAACAAAUUGUGAUAAUGUUGUGCACCAUCAGUCUUGUCUGCAGAAUAAUCUGAAGUCUGAUGUAAAACAUAAGAGGUGAUCCAUGCAGAAAAUCAGGCACUGUUACAUGGGUGGCACAUGACAUAUCGGUGCCCAUCAGCUGUUUGCUUUUAUCACAAUAUAUUGGGAAAUUUUUAUCUGUCCAGUGAAGAGUUAUCUGCCCUUUAUAAUGAUUCAUCUAGCAACUUUUCUUAGAUGUUACAGACAUGAGUUAGAAAUCGAUUUGUUUUUAACAUUAUGAGCAAUUCAUUCUGAAUUUAUUAAAAAUAUGGUGGGCCCAAAAAUUUGAUUUGCCAUCCUCUGCUUGAAUUUUCAUGGACAACCUCUUAACAACACAAAAUACUCAUGUUCAAUGUAAUUCCAUUGUAUAGCCACUUUUUGUACGGUUUUCCGAGUACUGUUUUAAACUCUAUGCAAUUACAGUGUUGUAAGUCUUACAGAAGUACAGUUUGUCAGCCUCAUGAUUUUUUCCCCACAAUUUAUAUGUAGUCGUUUGUACAUUUAAGAUAUUUUGUUAAUUUUUAAGAAUGUUAAGUAUUUUGCCAAUUUGAAAAUAUUACUUUUGUCAAUCAAAUGACAUAUUUUAUCCCAUCACUUGAUACAUUUAUUGUACUCAAUUUAUGCAUUUAUUAAACCACUGAGAUUCACCUAAUAGGCAUUAGAGGAAAAGGUGAACCAACUGCAUAAUUAUGAUACACCAGUGCACUUCUGUGUGUUGGUGUUGAUCAGAUAUGGGUGCACUUCUGACUGUGCCAAAAUAUGAAAACUAUUGUAAAUCGGAUUAGUUUUCCAGUAGAUUGUUUUUAGCAAUUUAUUUUUCAUGAAAAUAAGUUUUUAGAAAAUACUUAUGAUACAUGUAGCAUGAUAAGUAAUGAUUUGCAAGAAUGAAGAUACAUAAAAAUAAAUCUAUAGCAUUUUUUGAUUAACUUUCGCUAAAACAUCCAGAUGUCUAGUGAUAUAUUUGUAUGUACACAUACAAUAAUUACAAGCAUGUCAAAAUUGUUUGUGGAUAAUGAGUUUUCUCUGGUACUUUGAUGAUUGGCUGUUUUCUUAAACAUAAAUUGUUUGUGGAUAAUGAGUUUUCUCUGGUACUUUGAUGAUUCGCUGUUUUCUUAAACAUAAAAGAGUUAAACUGUUGAAGUUUGGUAUCUCGAACAUCGAUAUCUCAAAUACCCGUGGAUAUGUUGACGUAAUACGGAAGUCCCAACUACUUUUUCUUCCAGCAUUUUAACCUUCCAAUAUCUCAAAAGUUUUUUCUCGGGCCCCAUCGAAUUUGAGAUAAUGAUGUUUGACCAUUUUUUUUUUUAAAAUGACAAAGUUCAUGAGCUGAGAAACGAUUAAAUUGUUGUUGUAGUUAGAACCUAUUUACUGUUGUGAUUAAUAAACUGAUAGAAGGUCUAUCUUUUAUGCACAU